AUGCAAUUCUUACUCUUACUCUCUUUUGCUUUUAUUGCUUUGUCUCUUUCUGUUUUUGCUCAAGACCACUCUGAUGAUGUCUUAAAACGCAGUUCGGGAAAUGCUCCCUCUCCAACAGUAUUUGAAAAACGACAAAAGCCCAAACAAACAAUCUUCAAACCGUUCCAAUGGCCAAGAAUUGACGGACCACCACAAGAUUUCCCAUCAGACGAUGCGUUUGAGAUUGGCUAUUGGACAUUCAAUCUCACUUUUAUUCAACGUCUUUUAGAAGUGAAUAAGACCGAUCAUUUACAAGCUCAAAUUCUUGCUUAUCAAGCAUCGGUUGAAUAUGAGCUUUCGUGGCGUGACGAAUGUUACAAGCUGAGUAAUGUAAGUGCAGUAAUGAUGCAACAUCAAAAUACAUUAGCAAGAGUUUUAGCAUUUCCACAUCAAGACAGGAAUACAAAUUUGGACAAAGUUUACAAAUUAGCACCUGCUAUUAAACUUUUAUGUAUGGAACGUCCAAAAGGUGCAAAUAUAAAUAAAUCGAUUGUUAAUCAUUCAAAGACACUUAUGGAUCUAUUCGGUUGGGAUAAAGCAACGGCUCAAAGAAACAUGCAAGGAAUACAUGAACACCUUCAACCAACAACGAAUCAGCCAAUUUCAAAUCCAUCAAUGACUUCGAAACCGAACACAAAGCCAAAGACUACAUCAACGUCAAACAAAAAGUCAAAGACGAAGUCAAAAAGCAACACAUGGCCGAAAUCGAACAAAAAGACACAAUUGAUGUCAGGACCUUGGUCUUCACCAUGGCAACAAUCUAUGCCGAAAUCAAUGUCGCCGCCCGGAACAGGGUCAGGAUUCCAGCCUGGAUCGAUGCCUAAACAAAAAUCACCGCCAAAAUUCAUGCCGAUGCCAAAGAACAAAUGCUUUUGGAAAUUGGCAAACGAUUCUGCAAUAGCUGCUGCACAUCGUACCAAUACUUUGGCCCGCGUUGUUAUGCUUCCGCUCAACGAUAAAGACUUUGAUAUCGAUGCAAAUUAUCACUUAUCAACUACAAUUGCUACUGUUUGUUGGAAAGCGACAAAGACGCUCUACCAACAUCUUUCGCAAGGCAUAAUGCGUCAUACCAUCUUUGUCAUCUUUGCAGCCUUGUUUAUGGCUUUGGCUCAAGCUCAAGUUUCAGUCAGUGGAAUUUCCUUACCUCUUCGAAGUUUGGAUGAUGAUAAUGAUUUGCAGAUCAAGCGAGCUGAACAAGCGACAUUUCAAUGGCCUCGUGUUGAUGGUCCUCCACAAAAUUUUCCAGAUCUCAAGCUUUUAGAUGUCGGCUAUUGGACCUUCAAUACAACGUUCCUCAAAAGUAUGGAAAGUCUCAAUUUGACCGAUCCCAUGAAAGCAGCAGAACUGCUAUUUAGUGGCAUGGUAGAAUAUGAAUAUACAUGGCUUCACGAAUGUUGGAAGUUGAGCAACGCAUCUGCCAAAGCAGAAAGUCGCACAAAUACCUUAGCUCGUGUUGUCGUUUUCCCUACAGAUGAUCCUGCUUUGGGUAUCGAUCCAAUUUAUCAAUUAGCAACGCCUAUGAUGCUCGCUUGUUGGGAACGUGCAAAAGAUGGAGAUAUUAAUGUUGCUGUCAAGAAUCAUACGCAAGAGUUGAUCAAUUCUCUCAAAUGGGAUAAAGCGUAUGCAUUGAACUUUAUCAAUGAGCAAAAGAAAGAUUUUGCUCCGGUCGUUCAAGCGAGUGCUAAUUCUACUUCCCCAACUGUCAUCAACCCACCACAAGGUACUUCUUCUUCCUCAAAGAUGGCGAUGAACAAUUCCAUCUUUUUCGUCUUUGCGGCCAUAUUUGUUGCUUUGAUCAAUGCUCAACAAUCAAUCAAUGGUAUUGCAUUACCACGAGAUUCAUUCCAACUCGAAGAUCUUUCGGAUUUAGCAUACAAGCGUGAUCUUGAUAAAAAUGGCCUCCCUGCACCUUCAAAGAACUCACCAAAUGUUACUUUCCAAUGGCCACGAAUUGAUGGACCUCCAGAAAAUUUCCCACCGAUCAAAGACUUAGGUACGGCUUUUUGGACUUUCAAUUUGACUUUCAUUAAACAUAUGCAAGAAGUCAACAAGACUGAUCCUUUACAAGCAACAGAAUUGGCAUUCCAAGCUGCAGUUGAAUACGAAUACAAAUGGUUACACGAAUGCUGGAAGAUGAGCAAUCAUUCUGCUGCAAUCCAUCACCGUACAAACACCAAAGCUCGUGUGGUUGCAUUCCCAUACAUGGAUGCAAGUACCAAUAUUGAUCCAGAAUACGAAUUAGCACCUUCAAUCAAAUGUGCUUGUUGGGAACGUGCAAAAGGUGGAAAUAUCAAUAAACCGAUUGUCAAUCAUACCAGGAAACUGAUUAACAAAUUAGGCUGGGAUAGACGUACAGCUUUACGUAGAAUUCGUAAACAGCAUAAACAUCUCAAGCCCAUUAAUCCUGGUGCUGGAAAGCAGAAGGCAUCACAAGACAUGUCAUUGCCACCACAAACACCCCUUGGCAAUGCAAGGAGUAGUAGUAGCAGCAGUAAUAGCGUCUUUGGAGGAGGAGGUCGCUCAAUGCAAACGCCACUAAAAACACCAUCGAAAACACCGCUACGUACGCCAGGUGGUGGUGAACAAUUAUCACAUACGCCAGUGAUCAAUUUUGCGGCAAUUGAAGCACAUAAGGAAAACGUUCAACCUCUUGUUCAAGGUAGAUCAGCACAUGCACUCAAUACCGCACUUUCACAGAGACAAGCAGAAUUACGAACGCAGAGGAAACAAUUUGAGGACUUGGUAGAAAGUGAAGAAAAUGCAGAUAGCGAUGAUCCGAUCGAUGCUUGGCAAAAGUAUGUGAAGUGGAUCAUCGACAACUAUCCUAGCGGUCAAUCAUCAGAAUCAGAUCUUUUGGUCAUCUUGGAACGGUGUACACGUCUGUUCAAAGCAUCUACUCAAUAUCGCAAUGAUGUUCGCUAUUUACGCAUGUGGAUCUUAUACGCAAGAAAUGUUGAUUGUCCAAGUGAUGUUUACAAUUAUCUACUCGCAAAUGAGAUAGGGACAAGUCUAGCAAGCUUAUAUGAAGAGCUAGCUUUGGUCUACGAAGGUCAGGAAAGCUUUGAGAAAUCCGACGAAACAUAUAGGAUGGGAAUACAUCGAUCUGCACAACCUAUAGAUCGUCUAAAGAGAAGGUAUGCAGAAUAUCAGAGUCGCAUCUUAUCAAAAGAAGGUCGUGGAGAAGAUGAGCGUAUGGCAUACAAAGAUGCUCUACGCUCUGCUAUGAACAAAGCACAGCGGUCUAUGCUGGGUACAAAAUCAGGAUCAAUCAGCAUGAGCGCAAAUUCGGUUAGAGGGAUGGGAGGAGAUGCUAGUCUCCCAUCAAAAUCAUCCGCACUUUCAAGUAACAAUAAUUCACGUAAACCAUCCGUUUUCAAAGAUGCUGAUGGAGAAGAUGUCUUUGCUAAACGUUCAAAAGGAGGUGCUGAAGGAACGGCUGGUUGGACGGACAUGGGUACAGCAACGAGUAGAAAGCAAGAAAAAGCAGGAUCAGAAGCUAAAGCAUGGAAAGGUGAAGUGCUUCCACAACGUGAACGAGGAGCAACGCCAAAAAGACCUGCGAUUGCAAUUUAUCGGGAUAGCGAUGAUGAAGAUGAAGAAGGCAAGACGCCUGGUAAAGUGAAAGGUGGUGACGUGUUCUCCAAAAACCGCGAGCCGAGCGAAAGUGAUCGGUUGAGAAAGAAUCCUUUUGCCAAUUAUGAGGCCGUUGAUCUCAAGCCGCAAGUGAAACCAGCUCAAGCGCAGUCGACUCGGGAAGAAAAGGUCAAGUCAAGCCACAAGAGCGAAGAGAAGGCCAAGAAGAAAGUUGUUGCAUCAUCUUCGACAAAACCAUCGUCAUCAAAAUCAUCAUCCAGCUCAAAACAAGAAAGAUAUGCUGUUUCUCUUGCUGAACUCUAUCCCGGUAUCGACAUUGAUCAAGCGGUAAAACGCACAUCAAGGAAGCAUAAGAGCGGUGAAAUAUGUCUGGAAGAAUUGAGUGCAAAGAGGAUGAAAUUGCAUCAUUCGGACGACACUGAUGACCCCUGGGCAUUCCUAGAUGCUUUGCAAGGUCAAUGGUUGCCCGAGAUAAAGCCACCUCAGAGAAAGCAACCUAUGAAGCGAGAUCCAACAGUCACAGCAUUUACCAGAGCUGCUCAAGAUGAGGUUCUACAAAUGUUCAAUAACGGAAUGGUCGAUAGCGAUGAAGAUGAAAGUUCUGAAGAUGAACAGAGCGAAUCAGAGGAAGAAGAGGAUGGCGGUCAGAUUGCACAAAGCUCAGUAAUAAAGCCAAACAUGGUCCAAAUGAAGGAAAACGAGGUGGACCCAUUCACUCCAACUCCUGCACCCAAAUCGUUUUCUGUUGCUCCACAAAAGCGUACACUGCUGGAAGAAGUGCCAAUGCUAGACACAACUUCAAACAGUGGUUUACCAAAUGGGCAAUCAAAAGCCAUUCUGGCUACACCCGCUCGAAAAGUGUUUGGAGGCGAUCGUAAACCAUUGGCAGCCAUUGCGCAAUCUGAAGCACAUGCUGAGCAGGCUCCACCUCAGAAAUCUCAACGGAUCACAAAUGAAGUAUUUAUUGAGGAGGAUGACGAAGACUCCGUACAAGAGGACGACAAUGCAAAGGAAAAAGCCAAUGCGGAUGUACAAGAAGAUGAAGUGGAUUACCUUAACAGACCGAUGCGUGAAUUGGCACCAUUAUCACCAAUCACGGAAGCGACUGAAUAUACCCGCUAUACGCAAAGCACUAGAACUUCUCGUACAUCCACAUCAAACGGCCGGAGAAGUGAAGCUUGGACUCCAUUUGCUUCCCGUGAACAGGGUUCGUAUGAACAUUACGAAAAUGCAGAUGAAUCGCAUUAUGGCAAUCGUUCGCAUGAACAAGAGGAAGCUCAGACUUCGCUUCACAUACCUCAAUAUGAUGAAGAGCCAAUUGAGACUCAGUUGCCUGAAGGGCAUGUGGUAAGUCAUCCUGAAAUCCCUAACGACAAUAAUGGACCAUUGUGUCCAUUUGAGACAGAGAUCAUCGAUGCUAUCAUUGAAAGAUUGCCAUUGUCUCUGGAAUCUUCGGAUGACUUUAUCAAUUUACCCAACGAUACUGCCAAUCAACUAACAAGCCUUCAAAAGAGAGCUGCUCAUCUCACUAAGCGAAGAUCUUCAAGCCAUACAUCCCCUUUGAUCAACACAAAAGACGGUUCAGCUGAUUGGGUGAUGCACGUUGCAAAGAACACAUUCACUGUUCGUCAAAAGUUAGGAGAAGGUGGCUAUGGUGCUGUUUUCUUGGCCGAAGAUCAAGCAGGCAUCACAGGUCGUCAACGUUUGGUAGGCGGAAUCAAUGGCGAUGCAAGCUUUGCUGCUUUGGAUGAUGAUUAUCUUGAUGAAGAUGAAUAUGACGAAAAUGAACCUAAAUUGAUUGCUAUCAAAGUUGAAUCACCGCCAAACAGAUGGGAAUUCUAUAUUCUUGGUCAACUUCGCGCUCGUCUUUUGGAUGAAAAAAGGUUGAACUCCAUCAUUUGUGCACGCAAGUUCUUCUGCUUCCAAGAUGAAAGCUUUUUGAUGCUUGAGUAUGCCGAAAAAGGAACAUUGCUGGAGAUCGUAAACAGUGCCGUGAAAGCAGGCGUUGCAUCAAGUAGUGCAAUGGCAGCAGGCGGUGCGAUUGGCGGCUCGAAUGGCUCUAGUGCUUCUGUUGGAAUUGACGAAGUCUUGGUAAUGUUCUUCAUCAUCGAGGUGAUCAAAUGCGUGGAGGCGUUACAUGCUGUUGACCUUUUACACGGCGAUUUGAAGAUCGAUAAUUGUCUUUUACGUUUGAAUGAAAGUGAAGAUUCAUGGACACACUCUUACAAACGAACAGGUGAAAAUGGAUGGUCAAGUAAAGGAAUCACUUUGAUCGAUUUUGGCAGAGCGAUUGAUUUACGUCAAUUUUCUCCAGAUCAACAAUUUUUGGCAAAUUGGACGCCAGAACAGCAUGAUAUGCCACAAAUUCAUAAAGGAGAACCUUGGAGACACGAAAUUGAUUAUUUCGGAAUUGCAAGUAUUGCAUAUUGUCUCUUAUUUGGAAAAUACAUCGAAACUGUUGAUCAAGGAGAAAACCAAUACGGAAUCGAUAAGCCUUUGAGACGUUAUUGGCAAACAGAAAUUUGGACAUCUUUAUUCCAACUUUGCUUGAAUUCAGCGCAUCAAGAUGACUCUGCCGCUCAACUUGCAAGCAUUCGCGAUAGAAUGGAAACAUGGCUAGAGGAGAACUGUUUCCGUGCAGGAAAGAAUCUAAAGGGUAGUCUGAAGAAGCUAGAAAUUUGGAGCAUGAAACGUAGCAUGUAA